AUGGAUAAUUCUUUGUUUCAUAGGAAGCAAGUGGCAGCAACAUGUUGGCACAGUAAAACCAAAGCGGCUAAAGAAAGGAGAUUCUGCUGCAGUGCUGUUUAUACAUUCUUUUCAUGAAACAGACGUGUAAUGGAACUCUUUAAUCAAGUUGUUAAUGAGCAUGGUGUAAUCUUGGUUUCAAGUGCUGGAAAUCAUGGUCCUGCUUUGUCAACAAUCGGAACUCCUCCUCUCAUGCAAACAAAUUCUGUGAUUGGUGUUGGUGCGUAUGUAUCUCCUGAUAUGAUGAUUGCAGAAUAUUCUAUGCGAGAAAAAAAACCAGGGAUUGGAUACACUUGGACUUCAUGUGGACCUGGUUUUAAUGGAGAACUAGGGGUUAGUGUAUGUGCUCCAGGAGGUGCUAUUACAUCUGUUCCAAACUGGACAUUACGAGGAUCACAGCUUAUGAAUGGAACAUCAAUGAGCUCUCCCCAUGUUGCUGGCUGCAUAAGCAUUUUGCUUUCUGGCUUGAAACAGAGGUCUAUUCCUUAUUCACCUUAUAGUAUUAAGAGAGCCAUUCAAAAUACAGCACUUAAAGUUAGUACUUGGGAACCAUUUAGCAUGGGACAUGGAUUAAUACAGGUCGAAAAAGCCUUUAAUCAUUUAGUGGGAUACUGGGAUUGUGUUGAACGAUGUGUUCGUUUUCAUGUUAUUUCUGACCACAAGAAUGGUAUAUAUCUUCGUGAAACCCAUCAGAUCAGUCGACCAUCUGUACAUUGCAUAUCAGUUGAGCCAAUAUUUCUAGGAGAUAUUUCUUCAGAUGCUGAAAGAAAGAUCAACUUCUGUAUGAAUCUAAAAAUAGUGUGUGAUGCUACAUGGGUUUCUGUACCUUCAACAUUGUAUCUCAUGUAUACAUCUCGUUCAUUCGCCAUUCAUAUUGAUCCAUGUGGUUUAUCUCCAGGAGAACAUUUUACAUGGAUUGAAGCAUAUGAUUGUUCAUGUGUUGAAAAGGGGCCUGUUUUUCAUUUCCCUGUAACUGUGAUAAUCAGCAGAAAACUCGAUGAUACAUUCAGCUGGAAUAUUUCUGCUUAUAAUUUACAAUCAGAAAAAGUCAUAAGAGAGUUUCUUCAAGUUCCUGCUGGUGCUACCUUGGCUGCUUUACGCAUAAGCUCUUGUGAUGAUAAAAAGUGCUGUUCCAUGGUCAUCCAUGCGCUUCAAGUCCGUCCUCAGAUGAAUUGCAAGGCUCAAGAGUAUUUCAAAUUUCUUCGCCUUGAGCCUAAAGAAGAGUAUGUUUGUAUGUUUCAAGUUAAAGAAAAGCUUGUUUUGGAAUUAGUUUUGAUGCCCUGGUGGAAUUGUCUGGAUUCUGUGAAAAUCAAUUAUAAUGUUUCUUUCAAAGGCCUUAUUCCAGAUACAUCAAGUUUGACAAUGCAUGCAGCUGAUGGUAUCCAUCGAGUUGAAAUAACUUCUUCUCUCAUACAUGAAGAAUUAUUACCAGUAGCUUCUUUAAAAUCACAUGUUCUGGUUCUCAGGCCUUCUGAAUACCGAAUUAAUCCCUUAAAAGCAAGAGAUGUUAUUCCAAAGGGACGUCAAGUUUAUGAAAUACAACUUACUUAUUUAUUUAAUAUUCCUAGACCAACUGAUAUAACCCCAACCUUUCCUUUGCUUUCGGAGCUUUUGUACGAAUCAGAAUUUGAGUCACAGCUGUGGAUGUUAUUUGACAGUAAUAAACAGUUUAUAGGUGCUGGUGAUGCAUAUCCUUCUAAAUAUUCCUUAAAGGUUGAAAAGGGAGAUUACACUUUAAAGUUGCAAGUCCGCCAUGAAGAACGGGCUCUACUGGAGAAAUUAAGUGAUGUUCCAAUGCUAAUAUGUGUGAAAAUGCAGUCAAGUAUUUCAGUGGAUAUAUAUGAUAAACAUUCACAGGCUCUCAUUAAUGGCAAGAAAAUUAACUAUCAGGUGGUAUCCCCAGGAACAACUGUUCCUCUCUUCCUGACACCUGUAGCGAAUGAUAAGCUUCCAAAAAAUAUGGCUGGUGGACAUUAUCUUCUUGGAUCUAUGACAUUCAUGAAGGAUGACAAUGCUAAAAAAGUUGAUGUGUACCCCAUUAGAUAUAUUAUACCUGAACUUCCAAAGAAAGCAUCUAGUCCUAAGCGAGUUGGAGAAAAAGAAAAAAACGUGGUUGAAGAGUUUGCAGAAGAAGUAAAACAAUUGAAACUAACUUGGAUUGCAAAAUUAUCUGGUAAAGCAUCCAAAGAUUUAUUUGAAGAAACUCUUGCAAAUGAAAAAGAUGUUCAGUGGCCUGUUCUUUUGGCUCGCUUACAGUCAUUAGAUAAAGACAAUGAGAAGAAUUCACAGUGUCAAAGAAGUGAUGUGCUUUUAGCUGAAAUGAUCCAUUUAGCUGACAAAAUUUUAGCUAUUCUAAAUAGUAUUGAAAUUCUUGCUAGUAUAGGCAGCAAAGCAGAUAAAAAGGAAUUACUUGAUUAUAAAAAAAUGGAGCAGCAAAAGCAUUGCAUUAUUGAAGCUCUUGUCAAGAAGGGCAAAGCUAUGUGUGAUUAUUUACUUCUAAAGGCAGAUGUUAAUGCAGAAAUAGAUUACGAUAAAGAAACAAGUGAAACUUCUGAUCAUGUGGACUGUGAAAAAAUGUUAAUUGAAACUGAAAGUGUUGAUCCAUCUGCAGCUGACAAUGUGAAAAAUUUGUCACUAAUUACUUUAGAUGCAGUUGAUGAAGUUUAUUGUGAGCUUCAAAAAUGGUGUGAUAUGUCAGACUCGAAGGUUUCUUUAUUUACUGAGAAACAUGCUUUAGUACACUGUCAUUAUGGGAGAGCACUGAAAAUUCUUCUUAAGCAGCAAGAUGAAAAAAGAAAUUUAGAUACAGAGAAAAAGUGCAUAGAACUGUACAAGAAAAUUGACUGGAACCAUUGUGCAUAUUUUUAUGAAAGUAGUCUUUUAGUUCGGUUCCCAUUGUCAUACCGAUUAUUUUAAUAUGUUCCUUUUUUAACUUUCAUUACAUAUAAUCAUCUUCAUAAACAGAUCUUUGAAAAUUCUACACUGCAUAUGCUAAGAAUGAAAAGUUUACAGGUAGUAAAAUGACAGUUUUUUCUAAUUAUUUUACAGGCGAGUUUGCGUUUUUGUAGAAAUAUCUUUCUAUAAAAUUCUUUCUGUACUGUAUUAACUGAUAUAAUAUAAAUAUUUUGUCAUGGACUAUUUUAGAAAUGGAUUUUUAAUUCUAUAUACUGUUGUAUUAAAUUUGCUUUGUCUGAUUUCUAAUGUAUGGUGAAAUGUUAAGUGUAGCAAAAAUUUACUUAUUGAUGUAAUUUAAGUGUAAUCAAAUUUUACUUUCCACAAAAUCAGUAAAAUUUAAAUUUACCAUCUGCAAAAUCAGUAAGGAGGUUUUAGAUUACAAACAUAAAAAGAGGUUCUUACUUUUAAUAAUUAAUUAUAUUGAAAAACUUUUUUUAAAGGUUUGGGUUUUAAAGAUUUAGCAAACAAUGUGUUAUAUGGAAAGAAUAAUUUCUCUUUAGUAUAUUUAGUAUAUAAAAGUCGAAAAUGUUAUUCCAUGUAUGGCCUGGGAGUUACAUGAAAAUAUAGUAAAGAUAUAUUUUCUCAAGUACAUUUUUGCAUGUAAUUUAUUUAAAAUCUUCUUACAGGAAAUUCAUGAAAGGAAAUACUAGAAAACUCCAUUUAUACUAAAAAAUAUUCCUCUUAUUUAAAUCUAAACCAUUAAUCUAAGUAUUUCUGCUUUAUCUGCUUUAACAGUUUAACCCUCUGCCUGCUCAAUUUGUGGACCAAAAUCACUUCCAAUUUUUUUUUUUUUUCAUAUUUUAAAUCUAUAUAUAUUGGAAAUGCACUUUGUCUUUCUAGAAAAUAUUUUUUAUAUAGAUUUUUAUGAUGAGAAACU